AUGCCGCCGACUACAUCAUCGAGUGCAAAGAAGUCACCCGCGUUGAGGACGCUGCAAACCAAGCUGAAGUCGUACCAAAAUAUGUUCAGGGAUAUCUGUAGGUUCGCCGAUUCGUUUGGAGUGGAAACUACAGCCAGCCAGGUGACGGUUCGACUGGAAAAACUUGAGGAGUUGUGGGAGAAGGUGAACGAUGUGAUCUUGGACAUCGAAACACAUGAAGACUUCGAAGCAGAGGAUGACGCCUAUGCUGAGCAACAGUCGGAGUUUGGAAACCGCUACUAUCAGGUGAAGUCGGUGCUAUUAGACAAGGUCAAGGAGCUAGAAGAACCAGCUGUCCUGAACGCCUCCAUCCGAGGACUCGACAUGACACAACAACCCACCAUUGAGCAUGUGCGACUCCCACAAAUCAAGUUGCAAACCUUCGAUGGCAACAUUGAUGAGUGGUUGAGCUUCCGCGAUCUAUACACAUCGCUCAUCCAUUGGAAAGCGGAUUUACCGGAUGUCGAGAAAUUUCAUUACCUGAAGGGAUGUCUGUCAGGAGAAGCUAAGGCUCUUAUUGACCCACUGUCGAUUACAAGGGCGAAUUACCAGGUCGCAUGGGAGACGCUAACCAAACGCUACAACGACAGUAAACUCCUGAAGCGGCGUCAGAUUCAAGCGCUGUUUAAGUUGCUUAGUCUGGUUAAGGAGUCGGCCAAUGAAUUGCAGUCUUUGUUGGAGGGAUUCGAACGUGUUGUUCAGACCCUUGAUCAGCUGGUACAACCCGCCGACUACAAGGAUCUUCUACUGCUAGACAUAUUAGCUUCGCGUCUAGACAGUGGAACCAGGAGAGCUUGGGAAGAGCAUUCAUCCACCAAGGAGCAGGAUACGGUGAAGGACUUGACCGAAUUCUUGCAAAGACGGAUCAGAGUACUAGGAUCAUUGCCAACUAGAUCCGUUGAACCCAAGGUUGUCGUACCGCAACCGCAAAGGAAGCCAUUUGUAGCGCGCUCUAGCCAUAGCGUCGUACAAAAUACAGGAGGACGGUGUAUCGCGUGUUCGGAAUCCCAUCCUCUUUAUCAAUGUCCAGCUUUCCAACGUUUAGCAGUAUCCGCCCGCGAUAAGCUGCUCCGCAACCACUCCUUAUGUCGCAAUUGUUUCCGGAAGGGUCAUCUGGCUGCGGAUUGUUCUUCACGAUAUGUGUGCCGUAAUUGCAAGGGCAAGCACCAUACCUUGGUAUGUUUUCGGACGGACGGCGAAGGCGGUAGGGAGUCAACCACUAAGGUAGCAAACAGUUCCGGCAAUUCCAAGGAAGGGGAAUCUAGUACCAGAAUAGCCAGCACCCCAUCGGCUGUUUCAUCUAACAUGUCUGGUCAGCGCAGCUCAUCGGUAUUACUCGCUACGGCCAUCGUCUUAGUAGAGGACGAUCAAGGAGGUAGUUAUCAAGCAAGGGCUCUACUGGAUUCGGGUUCUGAAUGCAAUUUCAUGACCGAGCGGUUAUGUCAACUGAUGAGCGUUCAACGGCGACGGUCCGACGUGUCUGUGUACGGGAUUGGGCAAUCCAAUACUAAGGUCAAGCAUAAGGUGACAACAACAGUGAAGUCGCGAGUAUCUGCUUUCUCGCGGAAGAUGGAGUUUCUUCUAUUACCGAGCGUCACAGCAAAUCUUCCGAUAGCCAACGUGGAUAUGACGGGAUGGGAAAUUCCAACUGGCGUGGAGCUAGCGGAUCCAGCGUUUUUCAAGUCCAAAGCGUCGGUAUUCGGAUGGGUAGUAGCUGGCAUGGUUGAAGGCUCACUGGAAACCCAACGUAUAACCUGCAAUAUGGCAGUCGGUCUAGAGGAAAUAUUGACUCGUUUCUGGGCCUGUGAGGAGAUCGAUUCUACCUCUACUUAUUCACCUGAGGAAGCACGCUGCGAGGAGCAGUAUACUAGAACUGUACGAAGGGGAGCGGAUGGCCGAUACACAGUCUUACUACCAAGGGAUGAAGUCGCACUGGCAAGGAUGAGCGAGUCAAGGGACAUCGCAUUCCGGCGGCUAGAAGCUUUGGAACGCAGACUGUCGAAGGAUCCCGAGCUCCGGAAACAGUACAACCAGUUCAUGGCGGAAUACCUGGAGCUAGGCCAUAUGCGAAAGGUAUCUGUGGCACCAGAUGAGGAAGGCACACACUGCUACUUACCCCAUCAUCCAGUAGACAAACAAGAAAGCACCACAACCAAGGUCAGAGUGGUCUUUGAUGCAUCGUGCAAAACUUCUUCGGGAACAUCUCUAAACGAUGCACUAUUAGUGGGACCGGUGAUUCAAGAUGAUCUCCGGUCAAUUAUUCUAUGGAGUCGAACCAAGCAGUAUAUGGUGGUAGCAGACGUCGAAAAGAUGUUUCGGCAAAUCCAGAUUGAUGAGGGGGACAUGCCUCUUCAACGAAUUAUGUGGCGUGUCGAUAGGGCCGAGGAGGUCAGUAUCUUUGAAUUAACCACGGUUACCUAUGGAACCAAGCCCGCCCCGUUCCUCGCAACCAGAACUCUGAAGCAAUUGGCUAUGGACGAGCAAGCACAAUAUCCACUAGCAGCAAGGGCUGCAAUCGAAGACGUCUACAUGGACGAUGUUUUGACUGGUGCUGACGAAGCAGAAGCAGCGUUGGAGCUGCGAAUCCAGCUGGACGAGAUGAUGGAUAAAGGCAGAUUCCGUCUGAGAAAGUGGGCUUCCAACUGCCCGAUGGUAUUGCAAGGCAUACCAGAAGAAAAUCUAGCGGAAAAAUGGCAAGCGAAAGAAAUCCAGCUAGAUCCCGAUCCCGAAGUACGAACCCUAGGACUGGUGUGGCUUCCAGUGGAUGAUGUCCUGAUGUUCCGAUUCAAAAUACAGGAAUUAGAUCCAGUCGGUAAAUUGUCUAAACGUAAGGUGCUGUCAAUCAUAGCUACGCUAUUCGAUCCGUUGGGUUUGGUAGGAGCAGUAAUCACAACUGCAAAGAUUUUCAUGCAGCUACUGUGGUGUCUAAAGGAUGGCAAUGGAAGGACCUUAGAUUGGGAUAGUCCACUGCCAUCAAGGGUUGACACAGAAUGGCGAGAUUUCCACUCUCAGUUGCCACUACUAAACAGUCUGAGAAUCGACCGCUGCGUUAUAAAACCGAAGGCAGUUACUAUAGAGCUACACUUCUUCUCAGAUGCAUCCGAGCGAGCAUACGGAGCCUGCGCGUAUACUAGAAGUGUGGAUUCAACGGGAGGGGUUAGAAUCGUAUUACUGUCGUCCAAAUCCAAGGUAGCUCCGUCUAAAUGCCAAUCCAUUCCACGCUUGGAGCUGUGUGGAGCAUUGAUGGCGGCUCAGCUUUCGGAGAAGAUUUCUAAGGCGAUCAAGAUGAACGUGCAGCAGUUUUUCUGGACGGACUCUACCUGUGUUCUACAAUGGCUAAAGGCAGUACCCACGACGUGGACUACAUUCGUUGCUAAUCGCGUGGCGAAAAUUCAAGGAAUCACCGAGGCGCAUAUUUGGCAGCACGUUCCAGGAACCCAAAAUCCGGCCGACUUAAUUUCGCGCGGAUUAACUCCAGAGCAGAUCCAGCACAAUGAGCUGUGGUGA